CCUCUUUUACUGAUACUCGCUGUACUUGUUUCUCCACAUUAUCUCUUUCCCGCUCAGGAGUAGGAUAAACAGGCGUCGUUGUCAUCGAUUUCUGCGGGGUGGCUUCUUUCAGACCGUCUAAUUCCUGGCAUGAACCAUUCUGUUCUUCCAUGAGCGGUAGACGUUCCGUACCUAGGAUUAUAUUGUUACUGGACUUCCCGGGAGGUCCUCCAUUGCUGAUAAUGUAUGACUCUGCAUGUGGGAACUUUGUGGCCAAAUUUUCCAGAGCUCUCACAUGUGGCUGAUGAUUUCGCUUCUCUUCAACAUGGUCACCCUUUUCAUCGUCUGCGGAUUCCAGCGUAGUCAGAAAGGGGCCAGGUUCUUUUAACGCGGUUUGAGGCACAAGCGUGUCGCGGGCAGUUUCUCUCGUUUCUGGAGGAGCGAUGUCGUUAUCGUCAACGAAGAAGCGUCUCUUUUUUGCAGGACGUUCGUACGGAUAUUCAUGAUUCAUACUUAAACGUACUGACCGUCUGAAGAUGGGAAGAUGGUAGAUGACAGUCACAUCGGUGUUUGGUGGACGGUACGGAAGACGCGAAGACGCGAGAAGUCUCUCGGCCCAACGUCAUCUUAAAUUGAUUUUCAUUCGGAAUUUCGUCUAUUGCAGCAGCUUCAAUUUUCGCUUUAUGAUGCCAUUUCCUUGAGUAUUCGUGAUGAAUUAUGGAGCAGCAAUGCAAACCAAAUCCCUGAACUACGAAGCCACUGUCUAAUACAAGACAACUCGAAUACCUCCAUGCCAUUUUUUAAAGGAUUAUUGCGCCCGCUUCAAGCGGGAGGGCAAGCGUGCCAAUUUUACAAACGGCGACUCAGGAUACCGAAUAGACGACAGUUCAGUCUCUCCGCACCCUUCGCGGCAGCUCAUAUCGUAACAGGAGCAGCAGAAGCAGAAGCAAAAUCUGCGCGGAAGUAUUGCGAUGGUCUUUUAGCAAAGUAUGAUCGACCUUCCUACACAUUGAGCACCUUCGUUCCUGCUCAUGCACGAACAUUCUACAUCGCCAUACGAGCCCUGAAUGUCUCGCUCUCCAUGAUUCCAGACACUACAACCUCCCCUACAAUUGGGCUGAUGCGUCUCCAGUUCUGGAGAGACACCAUCACCAAGACAUUGGCUGGCUCACCGCCAAAGGAACCAGUAGCGAUCCUUCUGGCAUCGGCCGUUGAGGAUCUCCGCAGUAGAACCCAAGACAGAGCACGUAUUAAUAAAGGAUGGUUUACCCGGCUGAUAAAUGCUCGAGAACGUACAUUAACCAACGAUCCAUACCCGAAUCUUGCUUCGAUCGAGUCCUAUGCUGAGAAUACGUACUCAACGUUACUCUAUUUGACAUUGUCCGCCUUGCCCAUGACAUCGGUAACGGCGGACCAUAUUGCGUCGCACAUUGGCAAGGCGGCCGGGAUCGCAGCUGUCUUGAAGGGGCUGCCACUUGUCGCUUUCCCUCCUCCACCUAGCCAGCAUUCCGGCCAGGCUGGCGGGAUGCCUAGCGGCGCAAAACAGGGCGCCGUGAUGCUUCCCUUGGAUGUCAUGGCUCAAGCAGGUGUGAAGGAGGAAGAGGUAUUCAGAAAAGGUGCUGAGGCGCCUGGCCUUCGGGAUGCUGUCUUCUCUGUUGCAACACGGGCAAGUGAUCAUCUCAUCACUGCCCAGCAGAUGCUCGCCAAUAUCCGUUCUGGUGUGGACGUGGGCCACGAGUUUGAGCAUCAGGGGGAAGAAGGGCAUACAUACGAUAAUGAUCUAGCAGCAGGUCGGGGUCACGAAACGCCUAUGGACGAGAUCAAUCGUGCUUUCGGCGUUUUCUUGCCUGCCGUGGCUACGCGUUUGUGGCUCAAUGAGCUAGAGCGUCUCGAUUUUGAUAUAUUCAAGCCAGAGCUGCUAAGGUCGGAUUGGCGAUUGCCAUGGAAGGCCUACUGGGCCUUCAAACGGAAGACAUUCUAGUAAACCGGGUCUGAUCUGGGAAUCCAAGUCACCAUCGACGUGAUUUGACGGCCUAUAUCCGAUUUGGGAACAAUGAGGGUUAAAAUGUACUCCUUCUGAUCCGAUCCACGGCAGGAAUUGAACCAUAAUGUGAUAUAGUGCUGAAUUUAAAACCUGUGUACUAUUUUGAAUAAAUAUGCUGGUUGUUGAGGCGCCAUGGGCAUUGCUGUUGGAGGCAACAUGGCUGACUGCCGCUGGGACACCGAGCAUAAACAGCAUUUCCUGCGUAACCGCAAGGUGGCAACAACAUCC